AUGUCACGAAAUGUGGAUGAUGACGACGAGAAUCGCCGAGUUGUGCCACCAAAUAGCAAUGUCCUGACAGAUGGGCAUGGCUCAAUGAAUCGCACAAGUCUCAGCAGGUUUGCAUCGUGGAAUUUAGUGGUAUCACAACAAAUACAUUGA